CCUCUUCACGACUCUAAAAUAUCAGCGGCCAUUACAGAUAAAUCAUUCGGAAAUUCCAACCAUUUCUUGCUGCGAGGCGAACUUCUUCUUCCUUCCUCUUUGGUUUAUGAUUUUUUCCUCCUCGCAGUAUCUCUUCCUGUUUUCCUUGGGAGUAGCUUGCCCGGGAAAUUUCUUCAAUUUCCAGGAACUUGGGAAUUCCAGUGACAAUCAGGUUCAAUGCAGCUGUCUCACGACAUUAGGGCCUACGACAAUGGUGGAUGCUGCAGUUUUCAUCAUAAACCAAUGGGCGUUGGUCGAUUACAUUUGGUUAAUAUCAAUCUUUUGCCGCAUGGUUUGAGGCGUGAUUCUUCAGCUCUCCAUCUUUUAAGUAAAGUACAUGCCCCACUAAGGCCUGUUCCUUCCAGAUGUAAUGUUUUAUUGUGCCGUUCCAUAUUAAUACCAGGCGGAGGCAGUUGGACCCCGUUAACAAAAUCUGCUUCUGUUAUCCUGAAAAGAUCAUAUGAUGCUUUGCAAGGAAGCGCUGUCACUACUCAAUUGAUCCCGGCCCUUGGUGUCAUUGCCUUUGCUGUUUGUGGUCUUGAACCUCUCAUGCGUCUGUGCAGGAUUAUAUUUUUUCAAAGGAAUGAUAAUAGUUGGAAGAAAAGUAGUUCGCGUCAUAUUAUGACAUCUUAUCUUCAGCCUUUGCUGCUGUGGACUGGGGUUAUUCUCACCUGCAGGGCAUUAGAUCCACUGAACCUACCAUCAGAAGCCAGCCAGGCAGUGAAGCAACGGCUGCUGAAUUUUGCGAGAUCUUUGUCAACUGUGCUCUCAUUUGCUUAUUGUUUAUCAAGCUUAAUUCAACAAGCACAAAUAUUCUUUACGGAGGCAAACGAAUCCAAUGAUGCAAGAAAUGUGGGCUUUGAUUUUGCUGGGAAAGCUGUGUAUACUGCUGUAUGGGUUGCUGCUGUAUCAUUGUUCAUGGAGCUGCUAGGUUUCUCCACACAGAAGUGGGUAACUGCUGGUGGUUUGGGUACAGUAUUGCUAACACUAGCUGGCCGUGAGAUAUUUACAAACUUCCUUUCAAGUGUAAUGAUUCAUGCAACCCGGCCAUUUGUUGUAAAUGAGUGGAUUAAAACGAAGAUUGAUGGAUACGAGGUUUCUGGUGUAGUUGAGCACGUCGGUUGGUGGUCCCCAACUAUAGUUAGAGGUGAUGAUCGUGAAGCAGUUCAUAUUCCUAAUCACAAAUUCACUGUCAACGUGGUGCGGAAUCUUACUCAGAGAACUCAUUGGCGCAUCAAGACUCACCUUGCUAUUAGUCACUUGGAUGUUAACAAAAUUAAUAAUAUUGUUGCUGAUAUGCGCAAAGUUUUGGCCAAAAAUCCUCUGGUGGAGCAACAAAAGUUGCACAGAAGGGUUUUUCUUGAGCAUGUCAAUACUGAAAAUCAGUCUCUUAUGAUACUAGUAUCUUGCUUUGUUAAAACUUCACAUUUUGAAGAAUACCUGUGUGUCCAGGAGGCAAUCCUUUUGGAUCUUCUGAGAGUUAUUAGUCAUCAUCGAGCCCGGCUAGCCACACCCAUCCGCACAGUCCAGAAAAUAUACAGUGAGGCUGACUUGGAAAACAUACCAUUUGGUGAUACCAUUUUUACUCGCUCCAGAGCAGCUGCAAAUCGCCCAUUUCUACUGAUAGAGCCACCUUCCAAAGUUAAUGGUGAAGAUAGGACCAAGGCUCCUACUCGUUCAACACGCCCGAGCGAAGAAAAAGAUGCUAAAAUUGAUGAAAUUUUGACAUCUGAUUUCAAAGAUGACAAUAUUGCAGCGACAUCAACAUCAACAUCCAGCGCAAACUCCAGGGAUAAAUCAAAAUCAAUCUCUGAAGCACAAGCUCAGAAUAUGGGUUCUGAUAGUACUGUCAAGACAUCCAAAACCACGCAGCCCAGAAAGGAAAGUGCAGGAGAUGCAGGAAAGGCGCCAGCUGCCCCAGUAAAUAAAGAACUUGCUCAAAGUGUUGCUCCUGAAAAUUCUUCUGCUUCUUCUUCACAUGGGUUUGCUGGAAGGGGAGAUACUACUCCUGCUGCACCUUUACAGGCAAAGCAGGAAGAAGACAAAUAUGCUGCAUCCCCAGCCAGGCCUUCAUUGGAAGAAAAUAUUGUUCUUGGCGUUGCCCUAGAGGGUUCAAAACGAACCCUUCCAAUUGACGAAGAAAUGACUCCACCUCCUAUCCCCACUGAGGCACAAGAUUUUGCUGCCCCAAGAAAUGGACAUGGAAAUGGAUCCGCUGCUGGCAAGGAUAAAAAGGAUGGUCAAGUUUCCACCAAGCAGCAGAGCGAUUAGCUGGAUUCGCAGUGUAGCCCUUUUAAAUUUAUACAUGCAAAAAGUGAUCCAGCCGUUUUUUAAAAGCUGGCAUUAUUGUGCAUUGAUUGAAUUCCCGAUAGCUGAUUGCCCGUGUAUGUACAUAGUUGUUGAUUCAAGGGUUGGAUGGUAAUAAGAAAUCCAGAAUCUUUUGCUCUUUUCUGGAAUUAUGUAAAA